AUGUACCGCAAUCUAGAAAAGGCUACAUCAACUUGCCUGGGAAUAGCUUCCAAGAAAACAUCCCCAUUUGAUAAUCCAGAGCCAGAAAUAGCACAGGCAUCUCAACAGGGAUAUCAACAAUUGAUAACUUGCCCGAUACAUUUAAGCCGCGAGGAAGAUAAGAAUGAAACGCAUAGACACAGUGGGUCACACAAAGCGUGUUCACCUCCAUCGGUUCGUCGCCAGUUAUCAGCAUCCACCAUGUGUUACCCAUGCAAGAAAGAUAAGGGGAGAUACAAGAAGCAAAAGAAAGGUGCAAGGACCGAAGAUAUCAGUGCCCGCUUCAUGCUCGACCAAUGUGCAGACGUGAAAUCAUCAACAUCAAGCCCCAUCAUCCUCCACGCUGCCCGCAAACGGACUUACUCCACGCCCUUUCCCCCUCUUCCCCAAUCGCAAGAUCGGCAUCUCAACGCACGACCCCCCAUGUAACCAAUUUGAUCAACUGCCGUGUUGGCACAUAGCUUGUGUCUUGUGACGUCGAUGCAACGCUGAUCCAAUUAUCCAAUCGUUAUGUCUUAGACGGCAAAACGGCCUGUGUCCGAUGCACAAAUCGGCAAGACAUGGCCGAGAUAAAGACCAUGAGAUCCCUGUCUGA